AUGCGUCAAAUUAGGAACUGCAUCAAAUUAGGAACUUUAUUAAAGAAAUUAGUAAAGGUAAUCAAGUAUGAACUUGAGAAAGAAGCACAAUAUAGUAAAAUUAGAAAUUAUUAUAAAUCAAAUCCUUCAACUAAUCUUCCUUCAACUUACGAUACUAUUUUUAAGAAUAUUGAUUCUAUUCUAAAAGAUUACUUAGCUUUUACUCCACUAUUACUUCAGAGAGCCCAAAUACAGCAAUUAUUAUUGUAUCAAGAAGCAACAACUACAAUUGAUCAGGUCAAAGAAUAUGAUGUUAAAUCUAUAGAUAUA